AUGUACAUGCUUUUUUAUUCCGUUCGUUACGUCAUAGGAAGCUGAAUAACCGAUUUAACUUGUCAGAAACUGGGAAUCAGUUGAUAAAAGUUCAGAAGUACUGAUGCAUCAAUAGAACGCAUUCAGAAAGUGAUCAAAAUGGAAAAGAGAAAACUGAUGAGAGAGUGACAAUUAACGAGGCGAUCCGAAACAGAGAAACAUAAAGAAACGGGCCGAGCAUUCGGGGCGACCCACCGGCGAGCAGAAAACGAGGAGAAGCUACAGGAACGAGGCAUUGGGUGAUCGCUAGGAGGGGACAGACUGCGGCCCGAUGAGUGUUACACUACAGAUCCUUUGAGAGCACAUACAGAGCCGAGAGACGCAGACAUCGAGCAUUUGACGGGACGGGAUGGACCGGAUAUCAGGAGAGGAGGCUGCCGAGAGUGCACCUCCAAAGUCGCAACCUCGCGAGAUUAUCUGCGCUGCGAAUCGUCCUCCUUUUCCGCCGUUGUUUAUCGUUCCGUAUUCAUAUGGAAAUGAUGCCAAAGUAUUCAGAUGACCGUGUCGGCCGACGCAUCAGACAAGGGACCGGACGAGGUGCGAGCAGAAGCGAACAAUGAGGAGUGCGCAGCGAUUGAGCACAAAGACAAGGUCGGCUCGAAUUGGGAAUCAGUGGGAAAGUUCCGUUCCAGUUCAAUCCGGCAGCCUACCUGGACAGCUUCUACAAGACGGCUUCGGAAGACACUGCCAUGCAGAUCGUUCUCUUUUUCUUGCCCGGAAUCCUGUACCGUCUCCCUCAAAAAGUCCGAACAGUUCUUGAUUUGGGCGCUGGGCCAACCGUUUAUCUUCCGAUCGCAUUGAGAGAUCGGGCCGAGAACAUAUUUACUUCGGACUAUGCUCCGGCCAACAGAGACACUCUGAUCAGCUGGAUUGAGAAUAGGUAACCCUACCGGUACUCACUUUUCCUUACUAAAAAAUAAACCCUUUGAAGUUCAGGUUUCUUUCAACUUUGCAGGUCCGAGUUCGAUUGGAACAACGUGUGCAAAUGGAUUGCCAACAUCGAAGCAUCCAUGGAAACGGGCGUUCAGAUGCAGCAGAAGACGAGAAAUCUUAUGAGAGCAGUUCUCGAUGUAAGCUCCUAGUGCCCUGCCCUCUCCGAAUCCGGGCGUUGUAGGUGAACGUGCACGAGUCCCCAGUGGUCCAGUCGGCAGUUUGGAAACGGAGUGAAGACGUGCUCGUUCCGCAGAAGUUCCAGGUCGUUUCGACGGUCUUCUGUCUCGAGUACUCGUGCGAGACCCUCGAAGCCUACUUCCGGGCGGUCCGCGGUGCUUGUUCUCUCAUCGAAGACGGCGGAUUUCUGAUUCAAGGCGGCGUCCUCGAUGCGACCACCUACAACUUCGGGGGAAAGACUUUCCGAUGCCACCGACUGAAACAGUCACACAUUACGGAAAGUCUCAAGGUAUUCGGAAGCUCCAGUAGUUGGUUGUUAAAUUGGUUUUUAGGCCAACAACAUGUCAACUACUGCCGAGCAGGGAUACAAGUUCAUAACUCAUGACGAUAUUUUCUUAUUAGUGUCUAAAAAACUUGCAUAA